GAACAAAAAGCGGAGGCUCGAGCGGAGAGAGGCUGAGCCGGGGGCUGCGGGGCCUCUGCUCACAGCAGCCCAGUAGCUGCUGCUGCCGUCACUGGAUGUAAACCUCCUUCCCCUUUUGUCCCGGCACCGAGAGCUUUUAAACCGACGCACUUUAAUUUCAAAUGAUCGCUAUAUGUAUAUUAUAUAUAUUUUAUAACAUAACCACCCAGAACAGGUCUUCAGCAAUUGAGAGUACCAUUAGUUGGGACGAAUACCUUGUACAAAUGGUGGAAUUUAUUCAUUACUGUCGCCGUUACCAAGGAAGCUUUUGCGAAUGGGAUGAAAAUAAUUAUUUUUGAAUGCUGUACCUGUCUUUGAACACCUUGUGCUGCUACACCUGACUUUAUUCCAAAAGAUGCUUCCGCUGUGGAACUAUACAAUCUGAAAGUGCAUAACCGAGUACAUACAGAAAAUUGCUGUAAGCAGGAACUCAUUAUGGAGAAAACAAAAGAUAAAGAUAAAAUAGAAGAACGAUCUAGAAUGGGCAGGAGUGGGGGACGAAGUGCCCAUAGUUCUGGUGUUCUAAUGGUUGGACCCAACUUCAGGGUUGGGAAAAAGAUAGGAUGUGGCAAUUUUGGAGAACUUAGAUUAGGUAAAAACUUGUACACAAAUGAGUAUGUGGCAAUUAAACUGGAACCUAUGAAAUCCAGAGCACCGCAACUUCACUUGGAAUACAGAUUCUACAAACAACUGGGAUCUGGAGAUGGAAUUCCUCAGGUUUAUUACUUUGGUCCAUGUGGCAAAUACAAUGCUAUGGUGCUUGAAUUACUGGGACCUAGCUUGGAAGAUUUAUUUGACCUUUGUGACAGAACCUUUACCCUUAAGACAGUGCUUAUGAUAGCUAUACAGCUAAUUUCCCGAAUGGAGUACGUGCACUCUAAGAACUUGAUAUAUAGAGAUGUAAAGCCAGAAAACUUCUUAGUGGGACGACCGGGAAGCAAAAAUCAGAAUGUAAUUCACAUAAUAGAUUUUGGCCUUGCUAAAGAAUACAUAGAUCCAGAGACAAAAAAGCACAUCCCUUACAGAGAACACAAGAGCCUUACUGGAACAGCCAGAUAUAUGAGCAUUAAUACCCAUUUAGGAAAAGAACAAAGCAGAAGGGAUGACUUAGAAGCGUUAGGUCACAUGUUCAUGUAUUUCCUCCGUGGCAGUCUUCCUUGGCAGGGCCUUAAGGCAAACACAUUAAAAGAAAGAUAUCAGAAGAUUGGGGACACCAAGCGAGCAACACCAGUUGAAGUGUUAUGUGAAAACUUUCCAGAAGAGAUGGCUACAUACUUGCGUUACGUAAGAAGGCUGGACUUCUUUGAGAAACCAGACUAUGACUACCUAAGAAAGCUCUUCACAGACUUAUUCGAUAAGAAGGGUUACAUGUUCGAUUAUGAGUAUGACUGGAUUGGCAAACAGCUUCCCACUCCAGUUGGUUCAAUUCAUACAGAUAGUGCUCUGACUGGAAUGAAUAGAGAGAAUCAUCAGCACAGGGAUCGAACACAACAAGCCAAAAAUCAGUCAGCAGACCGCAGGGGAGCUUGGGACACUCAGCAGACCAAUCCCCAUCACUUGAGAGCUCACCUGGCAGCUGACAGACAUGGUGGUUCUGUACAGGUGGUUAGUUCAACGAAUGGAGAACUGAAUACAGAUGAUCCCACAGCAGGACACUCCAAUGCACCAAUCACAGCCCCAGCAGAAGUGGAAGUUAUGGAUGAAACAAACUGCCAGAAAGUGUUGAACAUGUGGUGCUGCUGUUUCUUCAAGCGGAGAAAAAGGAAAACUAUUCAACGUCACAAAUGACUCUGGAAAUCAUCUGAUCAUGGAGAGUUACUUACUUGUUCAUCUGCUGUCUCAUCAUAACCAAGAAACAAAUCAUCUCUGCAGUGACAACAGACUUUUAUCAAAAGAUGUUUUCCUUCUGUUUUUGCCCAGUGAUUUGGGUGGUUGUCCUUUGUGGGUAUUUUGUUUUUAUUUCAUCAGUCUUCAUCUUGAAACUAGGCUUCAUCAGAAAUUUGGUGUUCAUAUUUUUGAGGUUAAAAGAGGGACCUCUUGUCAGGGUAAAUGUAUGAAACAAAAAACAGUUCACUUGACUUCAACCAAAUCAAACUGCAAUUUUUAAAAAUGGAUUGAUUUGGUCCCAACGUGUGGAAGGCAGGAAUAUUCUAUAUGUUUGGUGAUGAUAACUACAGAACAGUUGCAAUUCAAGAAUGAAUUUUGCACACACAGGAUCUGCUUUGAAUGGAUCUGUAGCAACUGCAUAGUCAGGUAUUUGGUCUGCCAACUGGGGGACGGAUUGUCACUGUCCUUUCAAAUGGAGAAACUUGACAAAACAAACCACAAAAAAAGUCUGAAUUGUACAUUAACCCUUCAUUUCUCUUAGUUGAAGACAUCUGCACAGAAUUUUCAGUAUUAAAUUUUAUGCUAUCUUUAUCUGUCUUUUCGGAAGUCACUGUCCAGAAAUACCGUGGAAGGAAAGGAUUGAUUCAGCAGGUGGUAUUUCAUGGCUGUUACACUGUUCCAAUAUAUGCAACAUGAGACAGCUGUAGACAUUCAUGUGUACAAACAAUACUUGCUUUAUUUACCUCCUAAAGGAGAAGCAGUGUAGUAGAAAGGGCAGCAUGUGCUUAUUGUCUGAUAUUAUGACAUGUUUGUAAAAUGUAAACUGUGCUUCCUGGUGUAUUGUUUGGACAGAUUAAUGCUGAAUGUUCUGAGAGUUAUUAUAAUGAAGGAGGUAAGAGAGCAUUCUAAUCAUGCCUUGAAGUGUACUAUGUGUUAAGACAUGGAGUAAAGCUGUGAUGGUGAAUAAUGAAAAAUGCAUCUUGGAGAAAUUAAUUAGGCCUAAAUGGAUUUUAGGCACGUCCUGGAUAAUUUUAACGCAUCCUGUACAACCAGGGAACUUGGAUGCCGAAUGUCUAAUCCUUAAAGUAGCUCUUUGAUGGAAAGUUAAAAUAAGAAUGUGAAAGAAAUUGGUCAGAUCAUAUUGCCUUUUGCAUUUAAUAGCUGUGGCACCCAAGCUGUACAGUUGUAUGUGAAACAUUCCUUUCUUAUCGUAAUCACAGCUGUUCAAAGACGUUAUGCUGGAGAUGGGUCAGGUACUUUCCCAAUAAACCCUUGAAGUGCCUGCAUUUUGAACAAACCAGCUGUUCUAUAAAACAUCUCAUUCCGUUUUCCAUCCUCUGAUCAACAGUUUGUUUCCACAGAUGUUUAAAUACAAUGUUGUGCAGUGUUUAUCAACUGUUUUAUACACUGUUUUUAGUUUCAAUCUUGCGCUGGAUAUUCUUAAUCUUUUUUGUUUGAUCAGCAUUGUCAUGUUCUGGAUUAGUCUGGUGCAAUGUAUUAAUUUAUGAUGAUAUGUUGCAUGCAAACUUCUUAGCGUUUGUGUGAGAAAGACUGGAAUACAAGGCAGAAUAUUUUAACAUGAAACUGCAAUCAUAAUGGCAGGGAACCACUUCUAUGUCUGCAGUAUUUGACCAAAUUUUUUUUCCUUUAAUAGCAUAAUAUGUGUAAAUAAGUACAGUAUUAUUUCUGUACCUCCAUAAAUUUGAACAUCACUUUCAAUUGACUUUAAUUGGUAGUUUUAUUUUUGCCUGUACAGUGUGUACAACAUGAAGUUGUCACAAAUAGCAAAGAAAGUGUGUUGUAUAUUAAUGUAAUUAUGGACUGUAAUCUUUACAAAUGAAUCAGCCACCUUUCGUUGUCUGCAACGAAGACCAGUGCAUUUACACAAGCUUAUUGGCAAGAUUUCUAGUGCUGCAUUUUACGCCUGGGAAGAAGUUUCUUUCUGGUGAUACAGGCUGGUCAUGGUUAUAAAUCCAGCUGAGUUCAAUUUAGGCCAACAGUUUUACGCAGUCACCGCUUUUCUGUCAAUACUAAUAAAAUGAACUCUGCCUGACUGUACAAGUGAUGUAAUACAUCCCUCUUUCCCAAUAUGUAAGUGAAAAAAAUAAAAGUAGUUUUUUUUUAAAAUUAGAC